ACCACGUCAUGUGGGUUUCCUCCAGGUGCUUCGGCCUAAUUCCACAGUCCAAAGACAUGCUGGUGGGUUAACUGGCGUCUGGGGAAAUGAGCCCUGAUUUCGUGUGUGUGUGUGUGCGUGUGCCCUUUGACAGACUGGUGUCCCGCCCAGGGUGUACCCUGCCUUGCGCCUGUUGCAGGAGGGGAUGGGCUCCAGCUCCCCCGCCACCCUGUUCUGGAAGAAGCAGUGAGAAAACGGAUGGACCGAACUACGCACUAGGCCAAGGCUGGGAUAAAGGAACCCCCUGUUCGGUUAGCUCAGUCUUGGGGGAGCCCCAGCAGCGAGCCGCGAGGUUCCCCUCUUCGCGCGAGUUACAUUCGCGAGCCCAGCCACACGGGCAGGCUCGGCCUCAUCAGCGAGAGCAUCGGUUCUGUCCGCCUGGCCGGGCUCCACCCGCAGCCACGAGACACCCUAUCCGCUCACAGAUGGCCGUGCAGCUGCCGUGCCAGGAGAGAAAAUACAAGCUGGAGCCCGGGGUUCCUGUUUCCCCCCCUGUUUAUUAAUAAACCCAGCCUGGGUGUUAUCUGAGUGACACACAACAACACACCAGGGCUGCGAGGAAGAACGGAGCACGGCGAUGGACCAGAGUGAUGCCCCGGUCUCCGGGGGCCCCAGCGCAGACGGCGAGGCCAUGGCACAGCUGUGGGCCCGUUUCCAGGAGUGCAUCGAGGCGGCGGGGCAGCUGGAGGCCCGGCGGGACGGCCUGGUCCGGGAGCUGGCCGAGCUGCAGGAGCCCAUGCUGCAGGCGGUCUGGGGACUGCGGGAGGAGCUGCUGGCCGCCCACCAGCAGAAAGCCCGGGCAGAGGUGGAGUGCCAGAGCCUGCGAGAGGACACCCGGCUGGUCAAGCGCCGGCUCUUCGCGGCCGCCCGGGCCUGCGUCCAGUGCCAGUACACCCUGGAGAAGCAGAGGCACGAUGUGGCUCAGCUCUCGGUCUCGCAGGAGGAGCUGCGGGCCCGGCUCCUCCAGCUCUCCCAGGAGCUGCCCCAGCUCGAGGCCGCCCACCAGGAUCAGCUGGCCGCCCUUCGGGACAAACGGAGCAGCUCUGGGAGAGCCAGGGACCACUGUGACCUCUCCGAGUGCCGCAGGGCCUCCCUGGACCUGGAGCGGUACCUGAAAGACGAGAGGAGGAGCCUAGAGGGUUUCUACGAGCCCCAGCUGCUCGCGCUGCUGAAGAGGCAGCAGGCGAGCGCGGAGGCUCUGAGGAGGACUAGGGAGCAGGCCGCAGGCUUGAGGCAGAGGCUGUGGCCCCUGCAGGAGGAAGUCCAGAGGCUGAUCAUGCAGAGAACCUCCCUGGAGGAACGGAUAGCCCUCAUGCGGAGCAGGAGGAGCGAGGACGUCCUACAGUACCGGGAGACUAUGGAAAUACUAGAGGACAGCAUCAGGGAACUGAAAACAGAAGUUCAUCUGCAGAAGCAAAGAAAUGAAGCCAUCGAAUCCCUGAGGAACAGUCUUUCAAAGGAACUAGCCGAUUACAAGGACCAUAUUGAAGGAUGUGCAGAACUUCUCACAAAGAAGCCUGAUGAAACAUGACCAUCUGAAUCGCUUCAAGGAUGUUCUUGCAGUUUUGAAAAUUGAAAUAUGUAUAUACCCUGGAAAAAAGACAUGCCUCAGCCACUAAGCUUAAACCCAACACGACAGCAGGGUGCAGACGUAAUCAGUUAUUAAAAAUACAGCAGGUUAAGAAUAAAUAGAAAAAACAAUCUAUUUGAAUGCACUUUAUACAAUUAGCAGUUAAGUGGGAAGUGAGGGAUAUGAUACAGGAAAGUCAUAUGUAAAAAGGUCACAAUGCUGAAACAGGAAAUUGACCCAAAAAAAAAAAA